AUGGAGUUCUGCACAACAAUAAUGGAGAAGAAAACCAAAAUACAAUUGCUAUACGAUGCCUGCCGCUCCGUUUUCUCUCGCGACGAUCGGCUGCCAACUUUCCAACAAAUUCAAUGGCUCAAAAGCAUAUUGGACUUAUUUGAAGCUGUCGACGUGGGGAUCGACGAAUUCUGUAGCUUGCAUGGAUUUCCAGCUUCAAGCCCCAGAUUAGUGAAUGGAUUGUUCUGCGGCCAAGGAGUGUCUGAAAUAACUUACAUUCAUGUCCAUGAAUGUAACUACUUCUCUAUAGGUAUAUUUUGCUUCCCAGCAGGAGGGGUGUUUCCUCUUCAUGAUCACCCAGGAAUGACAGUGUUAAGCAAGCUCCUGUACGGUUCCAUGUACGUUAAAGCUUACGACUGGGUGAAGGUGGAUCAUUCUGGUCACAGAACAAGGGGAGUUGGAUGCAGGGUGAUGAAUGGAAUACAAAACGCACCGUGUGAGGCGUCAAUUCUGUUUGCAAGAAGUGGUGGAAACAUCCACUCUUUCACAGCCAUAACUCCUUGCGCCGUAUUAGACGUGUUGUCUCCACCAUAUUCUCAAGACCUUACUAGGCCUUCCACCUACUUCUCAGAUCUCCAGAUUCCUUCCCUUCCCGGUUAUGCCAUGCUUGAGGAAAUAGACAUGCCAGAUGAUUUCGUUGUGAGUGGAUCACCUUACCUUGGCCCUCCCGUGAACACUAAAGAAGAUCUUUGUAAUUCAGUUGAUAUUGAACAAGGAAAUAGUUCUGACCAGUCGAACUAA